CCACAUAAACAUUAAUUACAAGGGACAAAUAAAAGGACAAGAACAGCAAUGUCAGACUAUCCUGUUUAUUAAAUCUCUCUUCCCCUCCUGAUCUUAGAUCUCGUCUGACACCUACUUCUCUUACGAUCUUCUGCCAUAAACCUCCAAAUCCUUCUCAUAUCUAUUCCUCUCUUUGCCCACUGAGAUCACAAACCAACUCUGCCAUUCAAUCUUUAUGUGCUUUUACAGCUAAAUUUGUUUCUGAAUCAUGCCACACUUUUGAACUCCAAACGCAUUCAACUAGGAUUCAAGGUACAAAGUACCUAUACGCCUCCGUAUUUUUUUCUUCUUGCAUGAAAAACUAUUUGUUUUCACUUUCCAAGACGCGUAUAUAUAAAACUGAGGUCGUGUGCUACAAGCAAAAUCAACAAGAACUUGGUGUUUGUUGAAUUGCUGGAUCACUUGGCUGUUUAUGUGAAACAUAAGGUUUUGUAAAACAAAAGGGUAGCCAAAUGAUGGUUAGAUCCUGUUGGAAACCAAUUGUUGAUGGUGAUGAAGGAGAUGGGAGUGGGAGAGUUGAUGGACUUCUAUGGUACAAGGAUUUGGGAAGCCAUCUUUAUGGGGAAUUCUCAAUGGCUGUAGUUCAGGCAAAUAGUUCAUUAGAGGAUCGAAGUGAACUUGAAUCUGGACCUUUGAGUUCCAACCCCUUGGGCCCUCAAGGGACCUUUAUAGGUGUCUACGAUGGCCAUGGUGGAAACGAGGCCUCACAGUUUGUCAGUGACAAUCUCUUCUGCAAUCUCAAAAGGCUUGCAGCUGAACAUCAAGGUAUGUCAGAACAUGUAAUCAAAAGGGCAUAUUCAGCAACAGAGGAGAGUUUUCUGUCUCUUGUGAAGAAACAGUGGCUGAGUAAGCCUCAGAUUGCAUCUACGGGAACUUGUUGCUUGGUGGGGGUAAUUUGCAAUGGAAUGAUAUAUAUUGCAAAUUCUGGAGACUCCCGGGUGGUGUUAGGAAGAGUAGAGAGAGCAACAAGGGAAACAGAAGCUAUACAAUUAUCUACAGAACACAAUGUUAACCAAGAAACAGUGAGAGAUGAACUUCGCUCAAAGCACCCUUUUGAUUCACAAAUCGUGGUAUUGAGACAAAACGUUUGGCGUGUGAAAGGCCUCAUACAGGUUUCACGAUCCAUCGGGGACGCAUAUCUGAAGAAAGCAGAAUUCAACAGGGAUCCUCUACCAGCAAAAUAUAGGCUGGUAGAAACAUUCUUCAGGCCAAUUCUUAGUUGUGAGCCAUCAACAUCAUCCCACACACUCCAUCCAGAUGAUCAAUUUCUGAUAUUUGCUUCUGAUGGUUUAUGGGAGCAUCUUACAAACCAAGAGGCUGUUAACAUAGUCAACAACAACCCACCAAACGGAAUUGCCAGAAGACUUGUGAAAGCUGCACUUAGAGAAGCUGCUAAGAAGUGUGAAAUGAGGCUUUCUGACCUCCAAAAGAUUGAGCAAGGGAUGAGAAGGCACAUCCAUGAUGACAUUACAGUUAUUGUGGUAUUUCUUAACUCCAGAAGUGAGAAUACCUCUCUCUGUGGUUCUCCUCUUUCAAUCAAGGGAGGUGCCUCUGCCAAUUCCUAGAUUGCUAUCUCAUCAUACAAAAGUAACAACAAUUUUAUAAUAUAUAUAUAUAUAUAUAUAUAUAUAUAUAUAUAUAUAUAUAUAUAUAUAUAUAUAUUACUAUAUAUUACUAUAUAUACGGGUAUGUGUAGAUUAAUAUGAUGCAAUAAUUAUCACUGUAAUUUAUAUGUAUCAGGAUGAUCAUAUCUCCGGUUUAUAAUCUGGUUAACAUGAACGUAUAUUUAUAUGUUAAUUGUAAUAACUGCUCCUGUCUCUCAAGACAACAAAUCUAUGGUGGUUCAAACUAAGCCAGAUUACGCAA